AGAACCAUGGAUAAUUAUGUAAUAAUUAAAAUGAUUGGAGAAGGAUCAUUUGGCAAAAUAUUCUUAGCCAGAAAAAAAGAGGAUAAUCAACAAUGUGUUAUCAAGGAGAUCAAUUUAACCAAGAUGCCAAGGAAGGAAAAAGAAUCAUCUCAAAAAGAAGCAACUCUUCUAGCCAAGAUGAAGCAUCCCAAUAUAGUAGCCUUCUAUGCUUCCCUUCAAGAGAAAAAUAAGUUAUAUAUUAUGAUGGAAUAUUGUGAUGGAGGUGACCUAAUGAAGAGAAUAAAUAUGCAACAUGGAGUGCUGCUUGAUGAGGAUAAGAUCUUGGGUUGGUUUGUGCAAAUUGCCUUAGGCCUGAAGCAUAUACAUGACAGGAAGAUUCUGCACAGAGACAUAAAAACACAGAACAUUUUUCUUAGCAAUAAUGGAAUAACAGCAAAACUGGGAGAUUUUGGGAUUGCAAGGAUGUUAAGCAACACGAUGGAAUUUGCUAGUACCUGUGUAGGAACACCGUAUUACCUAUCACCUGAAAUCUGUGAAAAUAAGCCAUAUAAUAAUAAAACAGAUAUAUGGUCUCUUGGCUGUGUAUUAUAUGAGUUGUGUACUUUAAAGCAUCCUUUUGAAGGAAACAAUUUGCCCCAACUUAUAAUGAAGAUCUGCAGAGGCCAUUUCAUUCCUGUGUCUACAAAGUACUCAUCUGAUCUGAGAUUGUUACUAUCCCAGUUGUUUAGAACAUCUCCAAGAGAUCGUCCUUCUAUUAACUCUAUUUUAAAAAAAAACUUUUUGGAGAAGCAGAUAAAGAAUUAUUUGCCACCUGAGAUCAUGGAGGCAGAAUUCAGUCAUACUGUUAUUCACAGGAAAAAAUCUUUAGCUUCACUAUCAUCAGCUCCUAAAGUUCAAAAACGAAGACUCCAUGGUCAUUGUUCUCCAAAAAUCAAGAUGGAAAUGCUUCCUAGAAAAGAAUUAUUGUAUAAAAAUGAAUGCUAUUCUCCAAGGAUUCAGGAUCCAAUUAUUAAGCCCUUGGGUCCUGCGUUUAAAAUAUGUGGGAAAUCAGAGGUCAUUAGAAUGUGUGGACAUUAUGACCAUUAUUACGUAAAGCUGGCAAACUUGCAGAAGAGAUCUUUAGUCCAAGAUGAUGAUCCUUGUAUUGGUCAGAGAAUGGAAGAGUAUUAUAAGCAGAAAGGACAAGAACCACCUCCUCCUCCACCUCACGGGCCUUCAGAGUAUCUUCAGAGACGAUUCAAUGCCCAGCAAAACAAGUUAAAAGUAGAGAAGCAACUGGGGCUACGACCAUCUUCUACUGACUUUUGUCAGCUGCAGAAUCAAGAAACGAAGGAACAACAGCUCAAAGCCUAUAAAAAUGCUCUUGCUCAAAAAAAUGAAAUGAAACAACAGGAAUACCUGGAACAGCUGCAUGAAAUUCGCCAACAGUACCAGAGUGAAGUAAAUGAAAUUCGUAUUAAAGCAGAAGCACUCAAGGAAAAUAAAAACAUAAAGGACAAAACCUAUAUUGUGAAACAGGGAAAGAGUGAGGACCAGUCUGCUCCUGAUAUUAAUCAUGGAGAAAGAAAUGAACCAGGCCAGGACAUGGAACAAAACUUGAAACAAAUUGGACUGCAGAGUUGGCUGGAGAAGAAUAUCCAAGAAGUAAAACAGAAAGCAAAGGGAGGUAUAAAGUUUCAGAUUGAUCUAAGGGGUGAUGCAGCAGAUGAGAAAAACAUUCAGGAAGAGAAUGAGCAGCAUGAUAAACUUAACGAAACACUGACUUUUGAAAAUGGAGAAAACCUUAAGAAAAAACUGGCAAACUGUGAGGAGGAAUUAUGGCACUGGAAGAUGGAGAUUGACAAUGAAGACAAUGUAAUAAAAGACAGAAAACACUGGCAAACUUCAACUCCACGGACACUGCUGAAUCUCUUAGAAAAUGCAGAUAUCACUUCUGUAUGCACUACAAUGGAUGAAGUGGGCCAGGUAAACGAAAUACAUUCCGAGUUCCCUGAAACCAGAAAAAAAUGGAGCCCCAAAUUACCUAAGACUCUAAUGAACAUGUUAGCAGAAGCAGAAUGCUCCAGUGACACCUUGUGCCAAGUUGAACAACCUAAUGACACAAUAAAUCAUUGGACUCUGGAAUCUAUUAAAGAUGCACCAAAAGUGAGUUCUGCUGCUAACACAGAUGAAGGUAAACUUGAUCCAAGAUCUGAUGACGACGACGACACAAACUUUGAAGAAUCUGAAGAUGAACUGAGGGAUGAACUAGUGGAAUCUUUGGAAAACGUGGUAACUUCUCUAGAGGAGGAGAUUUUAAAAGGUCCCAUUGAAUCGGCAAACACAGAACAGCAGGAACAAAGUAUAGCCAAUAGCAAACUUAGCAAGUCUAGAGAAAGUCUGGAAGACAAUGACUUGACUGGAGAAAAACAAGGUGCAAUCAGUUAAGACAUUACUGGGCAAUAAAUACUUAAAAAUUAAUGAUAACCAAUUGUAUGCAUGUUAAGAACCAAGAGUUUAGAAAGUGGGUGCUUAAUUUUUUCCUUGCAAAUUUUACACAGUAGGCUAGUAUACUAAAGUAAAAAUCUCUAGAGCUGGAAUUCUUCUCUGCCCUAUGUUGUAUAUAUCUCUUUGCCAUUAAUAAGCAGUCAGUGUAGAUACUUUCAAGGGUGCACCCCAAUAACCAAAUUUUUAACACCUAUAAAUAUAGAGCUUCACUAUUCACCAUGUAUCAUUUUUCUGUCUUAACCUAGAUCUAAUUCUUGGUAAGAUGGUAAGCCUGGAUCCAGACUGGACUAAUUAUGAUGAGGGAGCUUAAAUAGUUGAUUGCUCCAAUGGGAAAAAAAAUCUCA